GGCUGAACAAGGUACUGUGAUUAAAUUCGUAUGUGUGUAGAUAGUUAAACGAAUAAUUAUGUAGCGGACCUUUUUUUCCGGGUGAAACCAGUUAAGAAACAGUUAUUAGGACAGAGAAGUUUGUUUAUCGUUGACAUACAUCAUGUAUAUCGUUAUCGUUAUAGUUCAAACCACUUAAGAAUGUACCCGUAUCGAGCGGCUAUUAAGUGAUUAAAAUUGCGCGUGACAAAUGUAUUUGAUAGUGAUGUUGAUGUGUUGAAUAAUGCGCAAAAUGGAGAAGUGAUUCUGGUUGGAAAACAUAAAAUAUAAGACUAUAGAUAUAUAUUUCAAAGUAGAGCUCAACUCGUGAUAAUGUCGACACUAUCACUUGAACUGUCAGUGGACGAGAAGAAAAGGCAGUAUGAUCCUGAUCCCGAAAAGAAGCCCCUUCUGUCUGACAGUGACCAGCAUGAAGCUCUUGACACAUCUGAGCAGUCAGUCGCUGUUUGGUAUGUGUACAUCAGUCACUUCUUGUCAGCAUGGGGGGAUCGCAUGUGGCAGUUUGGAGUUGGUCUAUUUCUGGUCAUUAUAGCUCCUGACUCGCUUCUUCUGACCGCCAUUUAUGGAUUUGCAAUGGGCGCAGCCAUUUUGUUGCUUGGCCCGAUUGUCGGUGACUGGGUGGAUAAAACUUCUCGACUUUCGGCUGCACGGAUCAGUCUGGUGAUCCAGAAUCUGAGCAUUACUUUGUGCGCAGUGGUCGUUUACUUUGUCAUCGUGUAUAAAGAAGAAAUAGAGACAGAAUGGCCAGACAGGGGGCUAGAGACGCUUUGUUAUGCUGUCAUCAUUUUCAUUGCCGUAAUUGCUCAGCUUGCAAGUACUGGUAACACGAUUGCGGUGGAGAAGGACUGGAUUGUUGAAAUAUGCGGCACUAACACUGACCUUCUUGCCAAAACGAGUGCAAUUAUGAAAAGCAUCGAUCUGAUAACCAAUAUCGUUGCCCCUAUUGCAACCGGCCAGAUUAUGACGUUUGCAUCGACCGAAAUUGGUGCCUUGUUCAUCGGUGGCUGGAAUCUUGUUUCUGUGGUUGUGGAAUAUUGGCUUCUUUGGAAGGUGUAUAGUGUUGUUCCGGCGUUAAGGGCACAGAAAGACUUCUGCGACAAAGCUGUGGAAAAAGAGGAAGUCAAAGAGAACAAAUGUAGCAGGUGUGCAUCUGGAAUGCUAGAGGGUGUUUUAAUUCUUGGCCGAGGAUGGAAAACAUUUAUGAAGUACGAUGUGGCUUUCGCUGGCUUAGGUCUGGCCACGUUGUAUAUGACUGUGCUGGGAUUUGAUAACGUAACUGUUGGAUUUGCAUACACACAAGGCGUGAAUGAGUCAAUAAUGGGCGGACUAAUGGCAGCCGGGGCUUUGGUUGGAAUUUUGGGUACUAUCAUAUACCCCUAUAUGAGAAAAUGUAUUGGGUUGCAGAGAACUGGUUUAUUUGCAUUAUUCAUGCAAAAUGUAUUCUUGACUUUGUGCGUCGUGUCUGUCUGGAUGCCAGGGUCGCCUUUUGAUGUAAACUUCAAGUCGAAACAGCAGGAAGACUCCGGUAUCAUAACAAACGAAACAGAAAUAAAUGCUACAACGCUACCGCCUUUGUUCAAUCUGUCUACGACCUCCAUGUACAAUGUGACAGACACAACUGAAAAGACUUGGGAGGAUUAUAUUUCAGUCGGGAUGCUUAUGUUUGGAAUCAUUGCUGCUCGAUGCGGAUUAUGGAUAGCGGACUUGACAAUUACCCAGCUAUUUCUAGAAACCGUUGUUGAAUCGGAGAGAGGGAUUGUGUUUGGUGUACAAACUGCGCUAAACCAGCUUAUGGACAUGCUCAAAUUUGCGCUAGUUAUUAUCGCCCCGGAACCGGAACUCUUUGGAAUUCUGGUCAUUCUUUCAUACGUAUUCGUCACUGCAGGAUACGUGUUGUACGCGAAAUACUCGUACAGUGCGAGAGGACAUAUUUUACCGCACUUCGGCAAAAUCAGGUUUAAGGAAAUUGCUGGAUACGUGCACUUUAACAACACGUUGCUACCAAGAGACGAUUUCAUCAGAUAUCAUUCCGCUCAUUACGGCUAUGGCCAUGAGACUGAUCAAUGAUUGUGUUUUAUUGUGUGUUGUACAAAACUUUCCAAGAUUUCAAAACCUCGCAAAUAUUAUGAUAUUUCGCAUCUUAUGUCUGCAUAAGUUUGCAUGUGUGAACCAUAUAAUACAUUUGUUUUUAUAGUGAUUGCUCAUUUAUUAUCAUAAUGCAUUCAUUUGAACUGACAAGAACAAAGCAUAAUAAUUCCUUGUGUGAAAACUACAUUAUCACUUUAAAGUACUGUGUUACAUUAGUUAAUCGAAUAAAGUAUUAAUGUAAAAUGCCAA